CUGUCCUGUAGUUGCCUCCACAUCAUCACUGGAUUUGGGAGAAUUCAUUAUUAAUGUUGAACUAAAUGAAUAAUUAUUUGAGCAGCAUAAGUGCAUGCAGUCAGUGUGUUUCAGCAGUUUGAGGGGCUGAAACUGAUUAAACCAUGAUGAUGUCACAGAUAGAGCCGACCAAUCACCAUCAGUGUCCUCAGACUCAGAGUUCAUCUGAGAGCCACUGACGCUCAUUUCUCCUGGAGCUGGACGUGUGCGAGAGCGAAGUCAUGAGCAAACACUGGGCUGCGCUUCUGCUCGUCCUGAUUCAGCUUCACUGCAGCGCCUGCUGUCCUGAACUCUGCCAGUGCUUCUCGGCCGCAAAGGUCGUCUGCGGAGACGAUGCCAUGAAAACCCUACCUGUCAACAUCUCAGAACAGGUCAGAGAGCUGAUUGUAGUGGCGUUGGGCGUCACGCAUCUGGACGGCCGUUCCUUCAGAGAGAACCUCACACUCACCAAACUGGUCGUCCUCAACAGCGUCUUGAAAACGGUCUCACACGACGCCUUCGACCGCCUGCUUGAGCUGCAGGAGCUGGAAAUCAGUGGAAACUCUUACUGGUUGAUGUUUGACGUGCGGACCUUCAGCUCGCUGACCAACCUUACAAGACUGCUUCUCAACAACAACAAGAUCAGCAUUCUGGACGUCGGCAUUUUUGACUCCUUGCAGAAACUGGAGAUGCUGCAGUUGAGGGGGAAUAUCUUGUCAUCUCUGCCCGAUCGUCUCUUCCAUCAUCUCCACAAACUGCGGGAGCUGGACCUGUCCUUCAACCAGAUCAGCUCGGUCUCGGAGGAUGUUUUCCAGAACAACUCUCUCCUGAGAGCGCUCUCACUGCAGGCCAACAUGAUCCCACAGCUUCCGACAGGGAUCUUCGCCCACCUGGAUCACCUGGAGGAGCUGAACCUCCGCAGCAAUCACAUAAGUGACCUAAGCGCCGACGUGUUUCCGUCCAGCCUGCGGAAACUGAUCCUUAAGAAGAACGCGCUGGCGCAGCUUCACCCCUCUGUCUUUCACAAACUGCAUCACCUUACCUAUCUGGACCUGUCUCAGAAUAAGCUCUCUGAGGUUUCUUCGGAUCUCUUUCAGAACCUCAUCUUGCUGAAAAAGCUGGAUCUGUCUGAGAACCGGAUUACGACACUGCCCAGCACCGUCUUCAAAGGACUGUUCGGUAUAAAAGCCAUCCAUCUGCAGAAGAACAAACUGAUCUCACUAGAAGUGGAUCUGCUGAAGGAUCAGCACGACAUGGAGCAGCUGUACCUGUCCAUGAACAGCCUACAGAGCAUCCCGGACGGCUUCUUCGAUGAGCUGGACUUCCAGUGCAUCGUUCAGCUCUACGGAAACCCCUGGCACUGUGACUGCGGGAUACGGUAUCUCUCCGACUGGCUGAGGAACAACCUCAGGAACGUGGAGGACGUGACACGGGUUUACUGUCAAUCUCCCGAGUUUAUUCGGGGACACAGCGUUGUGUCUGUGGACAAGGAGCGUCUCGACUGUGUGAAAAACUCCAGUUCUGAGUUUCAGAGCUCCUCCGACACAAACAUUACAGAGAUCCCAGUUGAUGGCAAUGAUGGCGGUGGCGUUCGCUGCUCGCUUCAUGAUGUCAAAGGCACGGCAACCAUUCAGUGCAAACUCACUAAAUGCACCAGCGUGAAGUUUCAGGCUCUUUUUGAAUUUGUGGAUGGAAGUGAAUCGGAAACAGUCAUGAGCAAAGAGUGGCCAGCGCCUGCCAGAUGCUCCUAUGGGACUACUUAGUGUUCUUAUUUAACAGCACAUACUGCAAAGAACCAGCCGUCAUACACUCUCAGAAAAAAACGAGCGAAAAGUGUACCUUUAGUGUACCUGUAAAGCCUGACAUGUGAAAUGAUAAGUCCAGUGUGUUCAUCUUGAAAUAUUACUAACAAUAUCAAAGUUAUUCUUACAUUUGCUUAAUAAAAAUCAGUACAGAUGUUUGUGCUAAAAGACUUUUACUUGAUAAAAAAGCCUAACAAUCAGACGACAGAUGUAUUUAUCGUGAAGUUUUGAUCAUGUUGGUAACUUAGACGCCUUAGAAAUUUGCUUAUCAAAUAUGGUUAAAGUGCUACUAUGAACUUUUAGGAUAAAUAAAGUAUAAACUUGUCGCUUUAAGGAUUCUG